GAGAAGCUGUUAGUUCCACAUUCGAUGCCAGCCAAACAACAGUCGUAGCCAAAAUUCCGAACAAACAUAAAAAUAGAAGGGAAAAUUCCCCAAAAUUAAACGUUAGUCGCGGAGUGAACCGAUCCUGCAUCCCCUGAACCCUGAAUCCUGCAUCCUGCAAUUUGAAACGAGUAAUCCAAUAUCCCCUUCAUCAAGUUACCCAAACUAAAGAUGUGCAUGCCGUAUCUGAGCAAACUCUUUGGCGGAGGCAAUCGUCGGGAGCGUCGGACCCGCAAUGGCGGCAUCACCCCGCUGCCCAGUUUGGCCAACAUGCCGAAUGUUAACCAGAUCUCAAUGGACACCAUGCGCACCGCCAAGUCCACCAAGUCGGCCAAGUCCGUCAAGUCGGUGAAGUCGGGUAAAUCGGGCAAGUCCGCCAGUCGGAGGAACUCCGUCGACGACGGUGUGGGCAACAUGGAAUCGCCAGCGGAGCAACCGAUGGCCGCCGCAUCCCGAGUGGCCAAUGCCGCGUCGAUGGCGCCCAGUGGCACCCCAGCGACACCCGCCGAAGGUGCGGACACCCGCAAAUCCUGGUGGAGAUACCUCACCAUGAACAGGAACAAGAAGUCCAGCGUUGCGUCGCUCUAGAAAUCUGGAAUCUGGAUGGCUCACCUCAAUCAGGAAAGGAUCUCUUCAACAAUCUUCAAUAAGACUAUCAUCGAAUUUGGGUAGAACCCCUGCUAGCUUAUACACAGAAUAUGGUUUAGAAACCAUAGGUUUGCAUACUUCCGAUUUCAGGAACCUUAAAAUUAAAUAAAUAAGUAAUCAGAUUGCAA